CACAAUGGGGAGAUUUCCCCCCAGUAAUUUGUGUCUCUGCCUCUCUCACAAUGGGGAGACUUCCCUGCAGUAGUUUGUGUCUGCCCCUCCCACAAUGGGAUAUUUCCCCCCAGUAAUUUGUAUCUCUGCCCCUCCCACAAUGGGGAGAAUUCCCCCCAGUAGUUUGUGUCUCUGCCCCUCCCACAAUGGAGAGAUUUCCCCCCAGUAGUUUGUCUCCUCCCCUCCCACAAUGGGGAGAUUUCCCCCCCCCCUAGUUUGUGUCUCCUCCCCUCCCACAAUGGGGAGAUUUCCCCCCCCCUAGUUUGUGUGUCUCUUCCCCUCCCACAAUGGGGAGAUUUCCCCCCCCUAGUUUGUGUCUCUUCCCCUCCCACAAUGGGGAGAUUUCCCCCCCCUAGUUUGUGUCUCUUCCCCUCCCACAAUGGGGAGAUUUUCCCCCCAGUAGUUUGUGUCUCUGCCCCUCCCACAAUGGGGAGAUUUCCCCCCAGUAGUUGUGUCUCUCCCCUCCCACAAUGGGGAGAUUUCCCCCCAGUAGUUUGUGUCUCCUCCCCUCCCACAAUGGGGAGAUUUCUCCCCCCCCUAGUUUUUUGUGUCUCUGCGCCUCCCACAAUGGGGAGAUUUCCCCCC